AAAGGGUAGUUGAAGUUGUAGCGGAGAUAAGUGAUAAACCGUUACUCAAAACAUGUCUCUGUGUGCUCCACUCUCCUCCACAACUUCACACCCUCUUUCACUCCCUUCAACUUCUCCACUUUCUCUCAGAUUUUCCUUCACUUUCCGGGAAAGCAGACACCCAAUAACACCACUCAACACCCGUGUCCCUCACAAGGUUCCAUUUUCAGUAAGGCCUGGGAGAGUGUUGGUGAAGUCUCAGGCUACCGCACCUGCUUCUUCUGAGGCUGUGAAAGUGACACCUGUGGCUUCUGAGAUGAAGGCAUGGGUGUAUGGGGAAUAUGGAGGUGUAGAUGUUUUGAAGUUUGAUUCUAAUGUUGGUGUGCCUGAGGUGAAGGAGGAUCAAGUUCUUGUCAAAGUUGUUGCUGCAGCUCUUAACCCUGUUGAUGCCAAGAGAAGGCAGGGAAAGUUCAAGGCCACUGAUUCUCCUCUUCCGACUGUUCCAGGCUAUGAUAUUGCGGGUGUGGUGGUGAAGGUUGGUAGUCAAGUAAAGGAUUUCAAAGUGGGUGAUGAAGUAUAUGGAGACGUAAAUGAGAAAGCACUAGAAGGGCCUAAGCAGUUUGGGUCUUUGGCUGAGUACACGGCUGUUGAAGAGAAAUUGUUGGCACCAAAACCUAGGAAUUUGGACUUUGCUCAAGCUGCUGCACUUCCUCUAGCAAUUGAGACUGCUUAUGAGGGUUUGGAGAGGACUGGAUUUUCUCCUGGUAAAUCUAUUCUUAUUCUAAAUGGUUCCGGUGGAGUUGGAAGCUUAGUUAUUCAGCUAGCUAAGCAUGUUUUUGGAGCUUCAAGAGUUGCUGCCACUUCAAGCACUAGAAAUUUGGACCUGUUGAAAAGCUUGGGAGCUGAUUUGGCUAUUGAUUACACAAAAGAGAACUUUGAAGACUUGCCAGAAAAAUUUGAUGUGGUUUAUGAUGCCAUUGGGCAAUGUGACAGGGCAGUGAAGGCUAUUAAAGAAGGUGGCAGUGUGGUGGCACUCACAGGUGCUGUUACCCCACCUGGCUUCAGAUUUGUAGUUACUUCCAAUGGAGCUGUUCUGAGGAAACUAAACCCAUAUUUAGAGGGUGCAAAGGUGAAGCCAAUUGUAGACCCCAAAGGUCCUUUCCCCUUUGCCAAGGUUGCUGAAGCCUUCUCUUACCUUGAAACAAACCGAGCCACUGGAAAGGUUGUAAUACAUCCCAUCCCUUGAAUCAAAUAAAAGGGAUAGCCAAUUUUGCUAUGCGUCUAGUGAAUUUCAGAUUAUGUGAAAAUAAUAGUUUAGAUUGAAGUUCAAAAAUAUAUGAACAACUUCAUUUGUGCAUUCUUACUACUUUAAACUUUCCAUUAAAAUUGUUUGAAAGCAAAACUUUCUAUAGACGUAAGAGUAUGAAACUGCAGUUUUGAAUUUCCAAUUUGAUCCCUUUUCCGUUGCAAGAGAAUCUGUUACUCCAACCCAAAGGAGAAGUGGAGUUUCAUCUCUUACAUCUACUUGGCAUUGAUGCUAGCUGUUGAAUACUGGAACCGUACACUUCAAAUAUUGAUGAGAAAAAUAGAUUUAAAAAUGUUCAGUU